CAUGUUGUCUCACUGCAGCUGCACCAACGCCGCCGCCGCCGCCGCCGCCAUGAGGGAGAAGCGCUGCCGCCGCCGUCACCCAGUCUGACUCCGACGCAAACCUCCACCACCUUCCCCAUCUCCAUCACCUCCUCCUCCCCCCCCCCCACCCCCACCCUCCUCUCUCAGGCGAGGGGACAGCAGCGUCGAGCCAUGGAGGCCGUCAAAGCCUUUAAUAACGAGUUGUACUCCUUAAAUGAGUAUAAACCACCUAUCUCCAGGGCUAAAAUGAACCAGGUGACCAAGUCUGCUAUCAAGUCGAUUAAGUUCUACAAACAUGUGGUACAGAGUGUGGAAAAGUUUAUUCAAAGGUGUAAACCAGAAUACAAAGUCCCAGGGCUGUAUGUUAUCGACUCAAUUGUGCGCCAAUCUCGUCAUCAGUUUGGUCCAGAAAAGGAUGUGUUUGCUCCCAGAUUUUGCAAGAACAUCAAUUCAACUUUCCAGAACUUAUACAAAUGUCCUGCUGAUGACAAGAGCAAAGUGGUACGGGUACUGAACCUGUGGCAGAAGAAUGGUGUGUUCAAAAGUGAGGUCAUACAGCCACUUCUGGAUCUGGCAGCAGGGAUUCCACCGCCCUCUGUUACCCCUGCUGCUGCCAGUACUGCAGCAACUGUGAGCAGCAACACACCAGGAACUCCAGCUACACCUGCUACUCCAGCGAAUGUGCAGAAUUUACCUGAUGCAUGGGCCUCCCUGAAGCUUUCUAACUCUGACACAAUUCUGCUGUUGCACAUUUUCUUCAGACUAUACAAGUUUUUUCAGCUCCAGCAGUUGGUACAGAAUCUUCAGAUGCAGCAGCAAAAGCCUCAGCCAUCUCUACUUCAGGCUCUUGAUGCUGGGCUUGUCGUCCAACUCCAGGCCCUGACAGCACAGCUGACAGCAGCAGCAACAGCAAAUACACUCAACCCAUUGGAACCUAGGCUCAAUUUUAAUAAGAAACUCCUAGAUAGAUUUGAAUAUGAUGAAGAGCUUGAUCGCUCAGAUGAAACUAAGAAAGAAACGUCUACUACAUCCCAGCUACCUCUUGUGACUGAGACCAUGAACACGUCACUUUUUCAGCAGCUGGCUGAACAGUUCCAGCAACAAAACUUUGAGCAGCUUCGGCAACAGUUAAUGGAACAGCAGACCCAGCAGAAUACAACAUUGGAUAGUCAAGAGGUAACUUUUGGAUCUGAACCGUCAGUCACCCCUUCCCAAGGCAGCACUCAACAACAACAAGAGCAGGAAAUAAAAGUGGAGGAUCCACUUGAGGAACAGCAGCAGGAUAUGGAUAUUGAUGCACCUGAUGGUCAGGACCUUAUUGAAGAAGAAAUAUUUCAGCAGGAAGAAAAGAAAAUUUUAGUGCGUUCAAGAUCAAGGACACGCUCAAGGUCCCGUUCAAGGUCACCACGAAAGAAAAGGUCCAGAUCUCGGUCAGGCUCUCGCAAACGUAAGCAUCGGAAACGUUCGCGGUCACGGUCAAAAGAGAGAAAAAGAAAGUCCUCGCGAUCAUAUUCCAGUGAAAGAAGAGCAAGGGAACGUGAAAAAGAACGUCAGAAAAAGGGCCUUCCACCUGUCCGGUCCAAGACUCUUAGCGUAUGCAGUACCACGCUAUGGGUUGGUCAAGUGGACAAAAAAGCAACACAACAGGAUAUAACAAACCUUUUUGAGGAAUUUGGUCAGAUUGAGUCAAUAAAUAUGAUACCUCCUCGAGGAUGUGCGUAUGUUUGCAUGGUUCAUCGGCAAGAUGCUUUUCGUGCUCUUCAAAAAUUAAGCACCGGGUCCUUUAAAAUGGGAUCCAAAAUUAUUAAGAUUGCAUGGGCUUUAAACAAAGGUGUGAAACCUGAAUAUAAACAAUUCUGGGACGUCGACCUUGGAGUCACAUAUAUUCCGUGGGAGAAAUUGAAAUUAGAUGAUUUAGAAGGCUUCUCUGAAGGAGGCAUGAUUGACCAAGAAACCGUUAAUAAUGAGUGGGAAUCUAGGAAUGCUGAGCCAGUAAAGGAGACUGUGCCCCAAACUGUUACUACUGAUAAUACUCCGCCUACUUCUGAGGGAGAGACAUUCACUCAACCCGUCACAUUGCCACCUGUUCAACCGAAGCAGCAAAUGGAUGAUAUUAAGUUUAUUCCACAACUUCAAGAAGAGGGUCCCAUGCCUGAAUUAUUAUUACGUGACCUUUGUUGGUCGGGCAAAACGGAUAAUCGGAUUCCAGUGACUCCAACUGUCUCAGCGAUUGGAAUGGUGCAGCCACCAGCCUUUCCUGUGUCAAUGUCCAUACCUCCACCAGGCUUCAACCCUGCUAUUCCGCCACCUCCAUUCUUAAGGCACAGUUUUAAUCCUUCACAUCCUCCUCCAGGGUAUCUACCACCGCCUCCCGUUGUCCCACAUCCAGUUGUUGGACCUUCAAUUCCUCCAGUACAGACCUCUCUAGUUUGUCCGCCUCUCUCAAACACCCAAGACAGUGCAAAGGAUUCCUCAUUUGGAAACCUCCUUUCGCAAAUAGCCUCUGGUCACAGCAAUCUCCCAACUCCUAAUAUUCCACCAGGAGGUUUGUUUAAUCCAGUUGGUGCACAGCCUCUCCCAACUGGUGCAAGUAGAUCAAAGGACCUGGGCACAUCACGCGCAGGCAACCAGACAUCAACAGCAGAUACGACAUCUACAUCUGGACCAGGAACUCAAAGUGCAGGAUCGAGUGGGUCUGUCUUGGGAAUGCAGCCUUCAACGCCUGCGCCAGGGCCACCAAGUUUACCUCCACCAAGUAUGACUGGAUCAAGACUGACCGGAGUGCUCCCGAUGGAUGGCCGUCCUGGAAUGAUGCCACCCUCAUCAGGGCAACGGUUUCCAUUGCUGAUGCCACCACAGCCAAACAUGCCCCCUUCAGUAGCAAUUGAUGGACCUCAUCAACCAGGAUCCAGAGCUCCUUUUCCACCAGGAAAUACUUUCAAUAGGCUUGAAGGUGCAUUCACAAGAUCUGGGGUCCCUAAUGUUGAGAGCGGCAGAAAUGUGAGCCAAGGUACAGGAGAUGAAAGACGAUCUGCUGGAAACGAUAACACUUUUCAACGAGACAAUGUGCAGCAGGAAGGUGAUCGAGAUUACCGCUUCCCACCAGUAGAUAAUAGAGACAAUCUUGGCAGACGUGAGCAGUUUGGAUUUGGGCCUGACCAAAGAUGGGGCUCGAGAGAUUUUGAUGAGCGUCGAGGUGUGCCCUUUGGGGCCCCUAAAAGUUUUCAUGAUGAUCAUGAAAGAUUUGGAGGAAGAAAUUUCAGGUUUGAUGGCAGAACUGGCCCGAUGUGGAGCCGAGGUUUUGACCAGGAAACUCACAGAGAUUUUGAUGAUCGAAGCAGGCCUUGGGAACGUCAGAGAGAUCGUGAUGACCGUGAUUUUGGGUUUCGCCGAGAUGUAAAUGGCAGCCGUUUUGGGAGAGACAGAGAGCAAGAUCAUUGGGUUCCUCCACGGCAUAGGUUUGACUUUUAUCAAGGGACCACUGAUCAUGAAAAAUCUGAUGAUAGGCCUCGUGUAAAUGGUGAUUUCUCAGAAACAGACAGCCAGCCGCCAAACAAGGAGCUUGCAAACAAUGACCCAGAAGUGUCUGUGAGUCUUGCAUCUUCAUCAGAUGAAAGUGAGAAGGAUGACUUAGAAAAUCAACCUGUAACAGAAAAUACAGAUACUGAGGGGACAUAAUGUCGCAUACAAUGGCAGCAUUUUGUAUAGGUGGUCAUCUCUGCAGUGGACAAAAUGGUUGACUGGAACUUGAAAAAAAAGUCACUGUUGUCUGCAAGACAGAAUUUAAUCCGAUGUACAUCUUUCACUCUAAUAACUGAAGUUAAUGUGUACAACUGACCUGUACAGACUGUUGUUCUUUAGUUGAACACGGUAGGUAAUGACAUUUUUUUUUUCACGCUUAGAGGCCAGAACUCCCAUAUUUCUUCUAACUUGAGAAAGAUUAUAAUAGCUUGCCAUAAAAAAAAAAAUUAAUUGACCUUCCUAUGGAAGAAAGGUAAACUUGUAGCUGUUACAGCUGGGAUGGAAUAUUGGUGGUAACAGUAAUACUUGAAAAAUGGGCAUAAUCUGCAUUUUUCCAUCCUCUGAAGCUGCUACAAUAUUUAAAUUUAAUGCUUUGAAAAUGAGUUUUUGUUUUAGAUUUUAUCCUGUUGACAGCAAGCGCCUAGCCCUUUCAAAGAGAGCAGUGCAGUACUGAGGUGUAGAAGAAAAUUGUAAUACUUUCUGUUUUGUAAAAAAAAACACGUUUUAAAGUCCUCUUAUAGUCUGGUCUCUGUUAAUCCCUAAAAUAAAUGUUUGUGAUUUGUCCCUCGUACUGCAGUGAGUAACGGCUGGAAAAAAAUCAUUUGAAUGUUGGGUGCAUUCUGUUUUUAGAUGCUAAUAAAACGUUUGUUUGAUAA